UGGUAGUAUCGCAAGCUUAUAAGCUUUUAUCAUUUUGUUAGUAGAGAACUAAACCAGCCACCAUAAAUAAAUAAAUAAAACAGUAACGGAGCACAACGCUUUUAAAUUACCCUUUUUCACUAGCAAGCAGAGUAACAGUCAGUCAACAUAUAUACCUCAUUUUCUUGAGUGCUCCAACGAAAUGAUCCUAACAUUGCCAACUUCUCACCCAGCACAAAGAUCAACUUUAAAGGCAAACCUCUCUCUCACACAACUCUGCACCCACCUCCAACUCCAAGAAGCUAAACAAGUGCAUGCUCUCAUGAUCAAAACCUCCCAAAUCUCCGACUCUUACUCAGCCAGCCGCCUCGCCGAAUUCUACGCCGUUUCCGACAAUGGAAACCUCGAGUACGCUGAAAACUUAGUUGGCUACAUGGAAGAGCCAUACACUUUUGCUUGGAACACUCUAAUUAGAGGACACCUCAAGAGGAACAGUACCCAGACAGCCAUUUCAUUGUAUGCCCAAAUGCUUUGCAAAGAUGUUGAGCCUGACUGCUAUACCUUUACAUUAGUCCUCAAAGCGUGCACCGGCUUGUCGCAGGCAGAUGCUGGGAAGCAGUUUCAUUGUCAAAUCAUCAAGCGCGGGCUUGAAGAUGGUGUCUUCAUUCGGAAUAAGCUGAUUCACGUGUAUGCCGUUUCUGGGUCAAUGGGUGAUGCGCAGAAGGUGUUUGAUGGAAGUCCUGAAUGGGACAUUGUGACAUGGAAUAGCUUGCUUGAAGGAUAUGCUGAAAAUGGAUAUACCGAAUCACUUCACCAGCUAUUUGAUUCAAUGCCUUGUAGAGAUGUUGUGUCUUGGAAUACCAUGAUUGGUUACCAUGUCAAUGUGGGGGAAUUUGUGGAAGCCAUGGAGGUGUUUCGAAGGAUGCAACAUGAAGGAAAACAGCCAGACAAAGUGACAUUGGUGAGUGUUUUAACUGCAAUUGCCCAUUUGGGUGCACUUGCUCAAGGAAAAUGGAUUCAUGCUUAUAUAAGAAAACAGAGAAUUGGGCUUGAUGAGAACCUCGGUUCUGCCCUAGUUAACAUGUACUCCAAGUGUGGUUGCUUGGAAGGAGCAACUCUGGCAUUCAAUGAAACCAAAAGGAAGAGUUUGGAUACAUGGAAUGCCUUGCUUGGGGGGCUGGCUGCAAACGGCAGGAGUUCAGAAGCAAUUUAUCUCUUCUCAAGGAUGGAGAAUUCAAAGGUUGGGCCUAAUGCAAUCACUUUCUCGUGCCUGUUGAACGCGUGCAGCCAUGGGGGCUUGGUUGAGGAUGGCCUGGCGUAUUUCAGUAAGAUGAGAGUGGUUUAUGGUAUUGAACCAGACAUAGUACAUUAUGGGUGCGUGGUUGAUCUUUUAGGCCGGGCUGGUCAGUUUGAUAAGCUGGAGGAGAUCAUGAGAUCUAUGCCUAUGAAACCAGAUGCAAUCAUGCUCAAGGCCUUAUUGGGUGCUUGUAAAAUCCACAAGAACUUCAGGAUGGGCGAAAAAGCUGGUCUUCAACUCAUUGAACUGGCCCCAAACGACCACGGGAGCUAUGUGUUGUUAUCAAACAUGUAUGCAAUGGCUAAUGAAUGGGAUCAUGUUCAUACGCUGAGGAAAACCAUGUUGGAUAAAGGAAUAAUGAAGCCUCCAGGAUGCAGUUCAAUUGAAGUUGAUGGGCUUGUUCAUGAGUUUAUUGUUGGAGAUAUAAGCCAUUACAGGAGGAAAGAAAUCUAUGGCAUGCUAGAUGAGAUGAGAGGAAAACUGAAGGUGGCAGGGUAUGAGCCAGACACAGAACAAGUAUUACUGGAUAUUGACAACGAAGAAGUGAAGCAAAGCUCACUUGGUCACCACAGCGAGAAACUGGCAGUGGCCUUUGGCUUCAUUAGCACCACGCCGGGAACACCCAUCCGAGUGAUUAAAAAUCUUCGGAUGUGCAGUGACUGUCAUUCUGCGUUGAAGCUUCUAUCUGUAAUUUAUAAUCGCCAUCUGAUUAUUCGGGAUUCAAACCGAUUCCACCAUUUUCAAGAAGGCUCUUGUUCUUGUAGGGAUUAUUGGUGAAAUCUCUGGGCUCUGCCCUAUUUCACCUAUUAACUUCUUGGAGGAAGAAAGUGCUAGUGAAACAAAAGGAGACAUGAGAUUCAAGAUUAACUAAAGGGAUUGUUAUCAUUGGUUACACAUUCUGGCACAACUUGGAAACUCCAAAAAUGGUUAUGUGGAUCAGCCCCUUUCUGAUACAACCAUGAUGGCAAUAAGGAAAGGUGCCAUGUUACAUUCCAAGCACAACAAAAUUUUAGUGGCGAUGCUAUAAGCAUCACAGUGCGACCUCUGCUCUGUGGUUGUUUCUUUUUCCAGAUCAAACAAGAUCAGCCAUAGCUAGUCAAUAAUGGCAAAAUGAAAGAAAAACAACCGGAUCUCUCCUAUAACUGCGGCGAAAACCCAGUCCACAAUCUGAAUUGACAGUAAAUAUGAUUUAACAAUCAUGCACCAUACAGAAUAUGUUGUCAGAAUACAGAUUAUAUGUGCUAAUACUGUAACUUUAAUCAUAGAUUUUCAAGGACCAUUGACAAGAAUAAAUACCAAGGCAAAAGGCCAAAACGCAUAAACAACUUUACUGCCUGUUCAAGGAUUGUGAAGAUGCUGCUAGGAUAUCAGAAGAACCACAAGCUGGAGCCAACAGGAGCUGAAGAGCAUGGUCUCCCAAGUUCAAUUAUCUACCUAUACAGGGCAUGUGAAGCAAGAAUUUCAACCUAUUUGGAUCUUCUUCUGUUGGAACAGCAUUACUGCAGGCCCUUUAAGAGAAUGCUUGUUCAGGCAAGAAAACUCUUAGAGGCAUUCAAGUUCUACAGUUGUGCUGAAUGAGUCUUGAAAGAUUAGCUCAAUCCAGCAACAAGAAGAUUAGCCAAUGUUGGAUGACAGACAGAUUUAGCUAGCAACCUUACUGACUCUUAAAGUGCAAGACCAGAACAUCUGUGCAGCUGCAGUUCCUCAUUGUUUAUAAGUUUUCCCUUGGCCCUCCAGGCAAAAGAGGCUCUUUCUAUGAUUUAAACCUACAGUUGUUGAUCAGAUCCUCGGCCUUCUCUUCAGCGUCAUACAAUGAUUGAAAUUCUUGUUAGGAAAUGGGAUGGGCUUUUCAUCAAUGUAUGUAGUUUCACCAUCAAAUGUUGAAGGCUUAAUCUGUCUGAUGAAGUUUCAGGAUAAUUAUUUCACAAUCAAAUAUGCCCAACUGUCAAAUGGACAAAAUACUUUACAAACAAAAAAGAUGUCAGAAACAAGCAAUUCUUCUGCAUGAUUUGGAAAACAGAUCAGGUACAUCAAACAUCGCAUAACUAACAUGAAUUAAGACGACAGUCAAGUCAUGUUCUUUUCCUGAAUGUUAGUCAUUUGGCAUAGAUGAGCCAAGCAACAAGUGGAAAAUUAUCACUGUAGCACCAUGCUCGUAUAGCCUGAAAGAAGCACGCUAACAACAGACUAUGUAUUUUGGUGCCCAAAAUUUUGUAUCUUUUCUUUUGGCUAGGAGAACAAUAAGAUCCCAUCUCAGUAGAUUGGACGUUAUACUUUGGACCAUGCACUGAGUAGAAAUCCCUGUGAGAACUUAAUCAUAUUGGCUGAUAGACAACAAUGAACCAAGCUAAGCAUACAUCAGCCAUGUAGCAAACUACUACAGACAAACACAAAUAGGCACAUAUAAACAAUGAAUGAUUCAACAUACUGUCACAAUAAACAAAUGUGUAGAUCAUCCAAUCAAUACAUAGAAAUGACCGUUGCACACCCUUAACUUUCUAAUCAUUUAGAGUUAGAAUCCCACAUCUUUGAUGCCGACCAUGGUUCAACAACAAAAUAUCACGUUCCAAGCAAGAGACUACCAGAGGGUUGCAAUAUUAGCAUCACAAAAUAGACUUGGGGCACCCAUUAACCUAUGCAUAAUGGUAACACGCAGCAAAGCAAUCAGAGAACUUUGAAGACCAUUAAUAAUAUGAUUCCACACAGGAAUUCAGAUCAGGAAUCUUCAUCAUUUUGCAUUGCUGUUAUCAGGCAGGCUUCCAUUGCAUAGCGAAAUCAAAGUUGAAGAGAAGUACUCAUAAAAUUGGCAAGGCGCUAAGGCCAUCACAGGUAUAGCAACCUUGUGAAACUAAAUGAAAAAACACAAAACAUCUUAAGAAAAUAAAAGCAAAAAUACUUCAUGUGG